AUGUCAGACUCUGUAUUGACUGCUUCAGAAGCCCACGAGAGCCUGGUCAACAAGGUAUCACAGCUGUUCGACAUCUCCAUGACGGUCCGCAAGCCCGCCCAGCAAGACCGUCUGAUCGGAACCGAGAAGAGCGAUGCAGAGCCCUUCAAAUUCAAUUUCCAUCAGCAUGUCUCGCAUAAGUAUCCACAGGCAGAGAACCAGCUUCUUGACCGAAUGAGCUCUGCAAUGGCACAGCAAAGAGCGAUCCUGAAAUACCGAGAGCGACACCACCUGAAACUUAGUCAGGGCUUGAACAUUGAUCAAGCCGGUGACAACAUCACAGUACAACUAUCAGAAACUGUCGCAAGUUCAUUCAAACUGAAGACACCCGGUGAGGAACCAGAUGACCUGAUAAGCAACUCCGAUGCGUCUUUCACCUCAUAUGCAGGCAGUCUGCUGUCCGGAGGCGAGAAACUGGCAAUCCCUGCACUUCCAAGAGAAGCCGCUGAACGAAGACCAUUUGAAUGCCCUUAUUGUUUCUACAUCAUUACAUUGAAAGACCGACAGGCCUGGGCAAGGCAUAUCUUCCGUGACCUAUCGCCGUAUAUUUGCAUCUUCUCCGGUUGUUCGACACAAAACAAACUCUACGAGAGCCGGAGGGCCUGGUAUCGCCAUAUUCGCCAAACACACAUGGCGAGCCAGGAUGCUUGCUUCCGAUGGUUUCUUUCGAAAAAACACGUUGGUCGCCACCUGGAAGAGCUGUCUCUGUUCGUGCUGCCUCGAGGCUCCGAGGACGAUGAAGUCCUCGACGACGAAUCAGAGCAUGGCGAUUCAGAGCACGGAGAAUCGGAUAAUGGCGGUCAGGAAACCGAAGAUGGUGCAAAGCUUGAAGAAGACGAUGAUAUUGCACUGACGCUGAACGGAGUAAGAAUUAGUUUUCCCAAAGGGUCCGCGGGAUGGGAGUCCAUCAAUGUACGAGCUGGCGAGAAUCAGACUUUCUCUCUGGAUGAUCAGAAUAUACGCCCCAAAAGAGACAUGUCAGGAGAUGUUUUACAGACAGAUGAACUAGACCCUACCGAUAGACAAGAGUCACAUUCGAUUAGUCCACACCAGCUUGAUGCUCAAACAACAAGGCGCCUAGACAGCUCGGAUCCAGGUGGUUUCGGCAACGAUAAGGAAUUUAUAGGCGCGGUUCAUGCAGCUACAAAGGCUACUAAGCUCGAUGUCGCGGAGCGCCUGGAAGAACCUGAACCUCGAGGCCGACGAAUGUCUGUAGGAGAAUCAAACAACGUAGAAAGACGUUCCAGAGGAUCUCGGGGAGAGAUGGAAAUACUUAUACGGUUCCUUAACCCCAAUAGGGAGGAUCUCCUCGCCGGAGAGCAAGAUGAUCAUAUGCAAAACGACCAUAAAUUGCUCAAGCAAAACGAGCAGAGAACAGACCGCGAGAGUCUUUGCCUCCAGGAGGAGAUUGAAAGGCUCGAGCGCGAACGUACUGAACACAGGGAUAGUCGCCUGGCAAGGGAGAAAGAUUACGAUAUUAGCGACCGGCUCCAAAAGCUUGACAGAGUUGAGAUUGCCCAGCAUCUUGAGGAAACGAAACACGUGGCGGAAGCGCGUGGCGAGGAUCCACAACAGGCCCAUCUUACUCACGAUGAUGAACGUGAGAUUACUGAGAGGCUCCGAAGGCUUGUGAAUUAUGAGAACACCAGUCGUCUCGAGGUGGAAAGCCGCAAAGCCAGACGGCGCUCCUGGCUCGGGAGACUUGAGGCCGCCGAGAGUAAGAGUUCUGAGAAUGAGGAAAUGACGGGACUGCGUCCCGAAGAGGAAGAAUGGUACCAAAAGACCAUCGAGGAGCAAGAAUUGCGGGCGCAGCUUAAUGAGAAGAUCAGGAAGAAGAAGAAAGAAUGGCGAAGGAGCGAGCACCUGAGGGAUGAGUUUGGGUAUACCGAGGAGGAAAUUGAACAGAUCGUGAGGAAGAGAGCAGAGACAACAAAUAACGAUAAGGGACGGGAAGAGGACGAGCAGCAGCGCCGCGAUACGUGGAUCAAGGUUCACCGCAAGUAUCUUCUUCCAGACACGCUGAUGGCAUACAACCUUCCAUGGAACUGGGAUGAGAUAUGCAGGAAGAACUAUUCGCGCACACCCGCCGCAUACGGGAAAGUCGCGAGGGUGCCUAGCACCUCGACUGAGCUCAAUAUCAACGACUACUCGAAAGACAAGGUGUACCUUGUGCGCAAAAACACUAAAAAGCGGUCGGUCCCAGAAGGGCAGAAUUCUUAUAUAAGCUCGCAUUGA